AUGAUGAAGGCCGAGAGCAUCACAAAGGACAUCACCGCGGACUACGAGAAGGAGCCAAAGGCUUAUGGGAGAGAGAACUACUUUGAGAACAACAACAGCAACGUUAUCUAUGUGGAUCCAGAGACAGAGGGCCUAAGGGACGAGGACGCGUCAUCCAACAUCUCCCUGACAAGCGAGGUGAAGAGCAUGAAGUCGACUGCGCCCGAGCCCAAGACUCUUUAUAACUUCAGGAGACCCUCGAAGAAGCAGAAGCUGUACAUCUAG